UGCGGCAGCGCCGGCAGCGGCCCGGUGAGUCGGUCCGCCAUUACGUCGCCGACCUCCGGGGCCUAGCCAGCCUCUGCAGGUUCGGGGAGUUGGAAGACGAGAUGAUCAGAGACCAGCUAGCCGAACACACGACGGACCUUAAACUGCGCGAGAAGCUGUUUUUAUCGCCGGACGACACGUCGCUGUCUAGGGCGGUGGAACUGGCCUUCCAGCUCGAGUCUGCGGCCUUGUUAGCAUCCCGGCUAGCCGCCUCGGGCCCAGCUCCGGCCCUUCCCCACCUCGCUACAACUCUGCCUCCUUCAUCCCAUACUGUUGCUCUUACGGCCCCACUUCCCGACACCACCGCGCCUCUCGACGAGCCGGAGGUUAACGUCGCGGUACGUCGAGGCGCCACAAUGAGGCAACAUUGCGGGAACUGUGGCUCCUCAUCACACCACACACGUGCGCCCACGUGCCCGGCACUAGGACAACGGUGCCAACGUUGUGGUAAGCUAAACCACUUUUCUAAAGUCUGCCGCUCUGCUACUGCCCCAGCGAACCCCCGGCCCCACCUAACCGACGGAUCUGGCUCCACCACCAUCCACUCGGUGGGCGCCGACGCCAAGCCGUUCAAGUGGUGCGCGGUCGAGCUGGACGGCGUGUGUCUGUCUCUGCUGCUGGACACCGCGGCCUCCAAAUCACUCCUGAAUGAGUCCACGGUCCGGCAGCUCUUUCCACGGAUGAUUAUUAAACCUGGCACGGAAGACCUGUUUGGUUAUGGGCACACUAAGAUCGACAUGGUUGGCACCGCAACUUUUUCUGUACGCUAUGGCGCUCGAACCCUCCCAGCUUUCACCUUUCAGGUGUCCCGCAAGGGCGCCAACCUCCUUGGUUUCGACCUGUUCUGUGCCCUGGGUUUCUCCAUUACCGACAACAUGGGUACAACCAUACUGACUGUUGCCGCGCCCUGGCUGCACCGCUGGCCCUCGCUGUUCGCUGGACUAGGCUGCCUCACCGCCUUCAACCACCAGCCGCUCCUGAACCCGGAGGUGACCCCAGUCAUCCAGCCUCUCCGCCGUCUGCCCCUCGCCCUACGAGCUGAUGUUACAGCCGAGCUGCAGAAGCUUCUGGACGCGGGAAUCAUUGAACGGGUGGACGCAUCGCCAUGGAUCUCCAACCUGGUGGUGGCACGGAAGAAGGCGGGUGGCCUUCGCCCCUGCAUCGAUCUCAGACAGGUGAACAAAGCAGUGAUACCUGAUAAAUACCCUCUGCCCACGACGGAAGAGCUCUCGGCCAAGUUUCACGGCUCCACAGUCUUCUCCAAGCUCGACCUCCGUCAGGGUUACCUGCAGGUUCCACUGCACCCAGGGAGCCGCAACCUCACCGCUUUUGUGUCGCACAUGGGCGUGUUCAGGUACACCCGCAUGCCUUUUGGACUUAGCUCCGCCCCCAGCUGCUUCCAGAAAAUCAUGGCCACCAUCUUCGCCGGCAUCCCUGGCGUGGUCGUGUACCUGGACGACAUAGUGGUGCACGGCGCGACGGCAGCCUCACACGACGAGCGCCUCACCAGGGUGCUUGAGGUGCUCUCCCACCACAACCUCACGCUAAACGGCGAGAAAUGCAUUUUCUCCGCGCCGGUCAUCGAGUUUGUGGGCUUUCGCCUGAACGCUGACGGCCUCAGUCCACUCCACUCAAAUGUAGAAGCCAUCCUACGCCUGCCUGAGCCCACCUGCCCCGCACAGCUGUCCUCCUUCCUGGGCAUGACUGCGUUCUACCUGCGUUUUCUCCCACACUACUCCGAGACCACGGCGCCGCUACGCGCGCUCCUCAAACAGGAUGCCCCCUGGUCCUGGACACCCGCGUGCUCCGCGGCGGUCCGCCAGUUGAAGACUCAGCUUACCUCCCCUCCAGUGCUCGCCCACUUCGACCUCCAGAGCCCUACGCUGGUGACCUGCGACGCGUCCAACACGGCGGUGGGGGCGGUCCUGUCCCAACUACACGGGGGGACCGAACGUCCCGUGGCAUUUGCCUCACGAUCUCUGACUCCCACAGAGCAGAGGUAUUCGGUGGGGGAGAGAGAAGCGCUGGCCUGCGUCUGGGCCUGUGAGCGGUGGCACAUGUACCUCUACGGGCGGCACUUCACGCUCCGGACUGACCACCAAGCACUCACCGCCCUCCUGGCCACGACAGGGUCGGGACACAAACCGCUGCGCCUGUACCGGUGGUCAGAGAGACUACAAGCCUACAACUUCACGACAGUGUUCACACCCGGCAGAGAUAACGUUGUGGCUGAUCUACUCUCCAGGGCCACGCCCACCCCAGCGCCAGACACCGCCCCGGACGGCUCAGAGUCAGAGCUGAUCCUCAUGCUGCACGACCCCCUCCGAACAACCGUCUCCCUGCAGGAGCUCCAGGCGGCCUCUGCACAGGACCCUGUGCUCGUACAGCUCCGCACGUUCAUCCAGGAGGGCUGGCCUGCAAAGGUGCCAGAGGAGCUGGCGCCCUUCCACCGGGUCAGAGACGACCUUUCCUGCUGGAAUGGAGACUGCGUCGCUCGGGGGCUCUGCACGGUGAUCCCCAGCUCUCUACGACCACGCAUCCUGAACAUGGCACACGACGGUCACCUGGGCAUCGUGAGAGUAAAGCAGCGCUGCAGGAGCCUGGUUUGGUGGCCCGGCAUCGAUAGAGACAUUGAAGUGAUGGUGAAGGACUGCACCGCCUGCCUUGCCAGCGGUAAAACGGGCCCGCCCCCGACGCCUCCUUUGCAGCCCCUCCAGUGGCCAGCGACGCCGUGGUCCCACAUCCAGGUGGACAUCUGUGGGGAGCUUCAUGGCACUCCUCAUCACCAGCGGUUCCUGUUGGUGGCCUAUGACCUCCACUCCAAGUGGCCGGAGGUCCUUCCCGUGGGGUCAGUAACCACACAACAGAUCACUGACUUUCUUUCCUCCCUGUUUGCCCGCUGGGGUGUGCCAGACGCCGUUACCACGGACAACGGGCCCCAGUUCCUCUCGGCUGACUUCGCUGCUUUCACAGGGGAGAGGGGGAUUAAGCACAUCAGGACGGCCCUGUACCACCCGCAGGCCAACGGGGGGGUGGAAAGGUUCAACCAGACCCUCAAGAACGGCCUGAGAGCACAUCUGACCGAAGGUCUCCCAUUCGGCAAGGCCCUACAGAACACACUGCUGCACUACAGAGCUACGCCACAUGCCACAACAGGUAGCUCCCCAGCCCUUCUGAUGCUAGGACGGGAACUCCAACUUCCCAUGGAUCGGCUGCGGCCUCCCAGGGAAGAUCCUCCAGGCCCUCCAGCAGCAGGGCCCUCUGUCGGCGACAUGGUGGCAGAGACGCAACGCCGGAUGAAGCACCGCUAUGACAGAGCGCAUCGGAUAAUAGCACAAUUGGGCCCAGCUAUGUUCCGCCUGGCUGACGGCUCCCGUUGGCAUGCCAGCCGCCUGAGGCGCGUCAACCCACCGUCGGCACAAGAACUGGCCGCCGCGGCUGAUCCGCGCCACACUGCUGGGGACUGGGAUUUCCCUCCGGUAACCCCGGGAAUUCCACCCGAACCCGAGGUGCCAGGUGACGCCCUCGGACCGAGGCUCCGCCCUGUUCGGGCUCGUCGACAGCCCCUGUACCUCAAGGACUAUGUCCUUAAUUCAGGCUUAGGUUAGCGCAUAGUCUGUUAUGUGGCAUAAUAAACCACAUGACUAUGCAGGUAAACAGGUAGUCUACCCUGUUUACCCAGAUAGGUUGGCCACGUUCUGGCCUUAAAGUUGUGUGCUAUUAAUAUGUUUUGCACUUUAAAAAAAG